UACUCGCCUCUACAGCUGGGAGCGGCCCUACAGCCGUUCCCAGAGCAAUUGUUUCACCGGGUUAGCCGGCUGAGGCGGUCCUGUGUGAUGUCAUUGACACUCCGGACCGAGCUCCAGGUGGAGCUUUUGACCGCUUUCUUAAAUACCCGUGGUCCGAGGGCGAUUCUUUCCUCAGACUCUUACCCUCUGGACCACAGUCCUGUCGUUAUAGAGCUUCUUUUUGGCACUCUCUCUGUGCCAGUCGCUUCAUUGUCACUGCGCUCAACAACAGGAACACGAGGUAGAGUCGGGAGAAAGGUUCUAUGUGUCCUUAUCAAGAUGGUGAGAAAAGUAGGUAACAUAAGCAAGACAUUUUGUAACAUUACACCCCCCUCUAGGCCGUCAGUGUCAGAGAUGGUAAGGAAGAGUCCAAGAAAAACAUAA